GCCACGCCUUCUCCUCCAGUCAGUGCGUCACCUACCUUGAAAGAUGGCAGCGAGAGCCCCACCCCCAAAAAGACCCCGGCCCUCGUCACGCUGGUUAAUAUGAGCAACAAAAAGUCUGCGAAGAAAAUGAAGAUCGAUUUGAAGAAAGGUAUGGAGGGCCUCGGAUUCACCGUGGUAACCAGAGACUCGUCCCUUCAUGGUCCAGGACCCAUUAUGAUCAAGAGCAUCCUGCCCCGCGGAGCUGCUGUUAAAGACGGGCGGCUCAAGUCCGGAGACCGUAUCCUGGAGGUAAAUGGAGUGGACAUCACAGGACGCACACAAGAGGAGCUGGUGGCUAUGCUCCGGAGCACCAAACUGGGAGAAACUGUGUCUCUGGUAGUCGGAAGACAAGAGGAGUUUUUGCCCAGAGAACUGAAAGGAGAGCCAUCAGGUCUGCUGCUUUCGGAGGACGGGCGAGAGCAGCUGAUGUUUGAAGUUCCUUUGAGUGACUCCGGCUCAGCUGGUCUAGGGGUCAGUCUGAAGGGUAAUAAGUCCAGAGAGACCGGGGAAGACCUGGGCAUCUUCAUCAAGUCCAUCAUCCACGGCGGUGCUGCACACAAGGACGGUCGCUUGCGUAUCAAUGACCAGCUGAUAGCGGUUAAUAGCGAAUCGCUGCUCGGACGCUCCAACCAUGAGGCCAUGGAAACACUGCGGCACUCCAUGUCGACUGAAGGGAACCUCAGAGGAACCAUCCAGCUGGUGGUUCUGCGUGCUGUGGAGCGCUCGCCUGCUCAGGAAGAUGAAGAAAGCAGUCAAACUGUCACCAGAAACGACUCUCCUGUUCAUCUUCGUCCAAACAGCAACCACACCAACAGUUCGGCACCACCAUCCAUAGCAAGCAACCGCAUGUACGAGGCUGCUCCUGCUCCUUACAGACCCCCUGGCGGACCACAGGAACUGCCGGAGGAAGAUUACGAUGAAGACGAUUUCCCCCCUCCACCUUCUGAUCUGGACCUGCUGGAAACAAACCCUCCACACAAACACCAACAAAAUCGGGCUGAAAUGGGGCCGGUUUCCUACAAACCCACCAACCAACAAUACCCUCAACAACAGAAAGUCCCAGAUUACCCCACCAACAAGUCCUCCAAGAGCAUGGAUUUAGUGGCAGAUGAGAGUAACAUGGCCUCCAUUCAAGGACAGAGACCUGAACCCCUCUCCUCUAACGGGACGGCGCUGGGACCCAGGUUAGGUUUGCAGAAGUCCAGUUCUCUGGAGAGUCUCCAGACAGCGAUGGAGGAGGUCGGUAAGGACAAGGUGCCCUUCCAUCGUCCAAGCGCGCACAUGGUGAGAGGCCGAGGAUGCAACCUCAGCUUCAGAUACGCCAUCGACAAGUCUUACGACGGGCCUUCUGAACCUGAGGACGAUGACUCUGAGGAAGACUCCGGCAGAGACACGCCCGCCAGCAGCUCUUCUCGACAGGAUCUGGAUGAUGAGAAGAAGGUAAAGAAAAAGAAAACCAAAAAGAAGAAAGAGAAAAAGAGCAAAAAGAAGGACGAGCCUGAAGACCCUGAGAAAAAGACAAAGAAAAAAGGAUUUGGGUUGUUGAGAAGUGAAAGGAACAGCCCUGCUCCUGACCGCGCCGUCUUCCCGGACGUCGAAGACGAUGACCUGGAUCCCAACUAUGCUCGCAUCAACAAUUUCAGAGAGCCUCCCGCCUCCAGUCACUCCCCCUAUCCACCUGGAACUCCCACCCAUAACUACUCUCAGCCUACAGUACCCGCCCCCAACAGAGAGCUGCCCAAUGAGGACAUGCUAGAGGGGCUUUAUGCAAAAGUUAACAAGCAAAGAACCGCCCCUCCAAAGACUGACAGUAAUGAAGAGCGAUUGCAGCAAAUCAGGAAUCAGCUUCAGCAGGUGAGACCGGCUCCGUCCUACGAUGACCUGAGCGCCCGAAGACGACCGGAGUACGACCCUUCACGAAUCAGAGGGCCUGAUCCACGAAUGGUUCCCAGAUACAACGACUCUGAUCGCCUGUACGCCUCCGUGCCCAGGAGGAUGCCAGUGGAGGACAACUCGAACCAGAACUGGGCCAACCAGAGAGACCCCGUCCAUUUCACCAACCCCAUCUACGGGACCCAUCAAGACAACUAUCCUCCACGCUCUCCCCGGAUGCCCGUACCCAGACCCACAGAGGCCACAGGUGGUUACUAUCCCUCAUCUCCAGCUCAACAGAGGGGUCCCGUGAGGCAGGACGUCCCUCCCUCAUUGAACCCCCCGGGUGCCAGAGCACCACCGCGAUAUGAAACGCUGAACCAGGGGAACUAUCGGACGGCCAGCCCUGAUCGCUACAGCCCAUACGGAGAUGAACAAUACCAAGAUCCCCGGCAGAAAAAGUCAAUGAUCGGCGCUGUCUAGACGAGGCUGGUGCUGAAAAAGUUAUGUGGUUAUGUAAUUGUGUCCAUUUACAAGAACAAUCUAAUUAGCUUUCCUAGACUUAUGAGAAGAAAAAGCAAACCAAAUCGCUUUGAUACAGCCAUCGAUUACUCCAAAUUGAACUAGUUCAGUGAAGUUUGUGAUUUGUUUCGGAUGCCAGCCAUUUUUCCUCUUAAUUAGCAUCAGUUCGGAACAUCAAGGCGAGUCAGUUACGUUUAAAAGUUACAGCUUACAGAAGCACAUAGGGUUUGUAUAUAUGUAUGUUUAGCGUGUAUUUAAUUCGGUAUACCACACAGAUGUUUAAUAUGAUGAUCUGCUUUGGAUAAUAUGGCCAUUUCUUCCCCUGAUGAGUAAUGCAUGGAGGAUGUGAUUGGUAGGAAGUUUUUAAAUGUGAAGAAAUUCACCAUCAGUUUACUUUUUUCUGCUUUUAAGAAAUGUUUUUCAGAAUUUGAUUGCCUUUGCAGUAACUUUGUCCCCCUAAAACACGCCAUUAACUUUUUACUCGGUGAAUCAAUCCUAAAGUGUUUUUUCAUGCGAUGUUUUGAGGGUAAUAUUCUCUUUCAACCACCUCCCUCCUUGAUUGAUUUUAGUAAAGCCAUUCUGAGGCCCAAAAACACCAAAACGGACAAGGUUACACAAAUAGCUGAUCCGAUAUCAAAGUCUCAAACUGUUUUGGGCUUUUGUUGUCACGUCUUUUCUUUUACAUUAGGUUGAGGUUUUUACAUUCCUGGUAUUUAUUUUCCCAUUCAGCCUUUUUUUGGUAGUUCUGCGACGUGAGAUGCUGCCCCAUUGGUGCAAACGCUCUAUACACGGGGCUCUUGUAGUGAACAAUCAUUGUUGUUGGAUCACUGCUUUAAAAACAAGACUUCCUGAUGUCCUUGGUGUGUAAAAUUAUCUGUUUAUUAUGGAUAGGAGAUAUAUUGCCAGUCAAAACAGGAUCUUACAAGAACCAGCAAACACUGAAUUUUUGCACCCAAUUUAAGUUGAGAUUUUUUGCACAUUUAUCGCCUGAAUGAAGUGGUUUACAGGAAAGUGGCUGGAUAGAUAUUUUUUACACAUAUGCGACUCUAUUAACUUUAAAUAGUUGCAUGAAUAAUCAGUUGGUGUUAUGUCUGUCUUGUCAUUGAA